UUUUCUUUUGUCAUUCUCACAGAUACCGCCGCGGAUGGCGCACGUCGCCAAUCGUAUUGAAAAAACAUUUUUUUGUGUGCAGACAUACAAAUAGUCGUUUUUUUAUAUAAAGAUCUGGGAAAAUUCCUUUUAAAAUGAUCGCAGCCCUCUGCACAUUCCUGGCUUUGGUAGCAGUAUCAUUUGAGCAGGACGCAUCAGACCCGACCCCAAUAUCGCCAUGCCCCAACGUGUUCAUGUACGAGCCACCAGGUUCCGAGAAGGGGCGAUGGUACGGCGUCGUGAACCUAUCCACUGACAGCACGCUGCACUCCCUCUGGCUAAAUAUCGUGCUGGAUAACAAGGCUGAUAUACUUGGGAACUGGAUAGGAGACGUCUCGACACAAGACAACAAGGACUUUAAAAUUGAGAAUGCGGACAUGCAGAUUAACCCUGGCCCCGCCGUGGCCGUGCGAUUCUUUGUACAAUUUAACCCUUUAAACAAAACGCCAAGACUACAAGCCAUUAGACUGAAUGGAAGAGAGAUAUGUAACGCGAAUACUCCUCAGCCGGUCAUCAAUGAUAGACCCGAUGUAAUUGAGAGUAGGCCUUCGCAAAGGCCUAAUAAUGGGAUUGAACUGAAUACAAGGCCGGUGCAGUCUCCGCCUCGGGAGUCACCUAGACCUGUGUACCCGAGACCAGGGAGUGAACCUGCGCCUUCUAAUAUCCCAUCAGACCAGGAUCGGAACAGGCCUAACUACGUCCUGACCACACAAAGACCUGAACGCACAAGGAAACCCGUAAGGAAAAAAUGCGAAAGUGUCUCUUGUUUUUUUUCCAGUAGUCCGCCCCGGGACACUGAGUACUGGGACGGUCCCGCCGUCAUAGUACUGCCGGCUCCUGACAAAACUAACACUAAAACCCCUGGGGGACAGGCUCAGUGUGGUAAGGUGGUGUUGAACCCAAUCCCACUGGUGGUGAAUGGGACACCAACUUUGGAGGGACAGUGGCCGUGGCAGAUAGCACUGUACCAAACUCAGACGGUGGACAACAAGUACAUCUGCGGAGGCACCCUGGUGAGCCACAGACACGUGAUCACGGCUGCGCACUGCGUCACCAAGAAGUCGUCACAACUGAUUGUCGAUCGCAACACCCUGACCGUCUACCUGGGGAAACAUAACCUCAGGACCUCCGUCGAUGGCGUCCAGAUUAGAUUUGUCGGGAACAUAAUAGUUCAUCCAGAUUACAACGCUACCACAUUCAGCCGCGAUGCUGCCAUAUUGGAGCUUCGGGAGCCGGUCGUGUACAGCGACUGGGUCAGACCCGCCUGUCUGUGGCCAGACUCCGACACGUCUUUGAAUAAUGUCAUCGGGAAGAAGGGUUCGGUGGUUGGCUGGGGUUUCGACGAGACUGGUGUUGCUACAGAAGAGUUGAGCCUGGUUGAGAUGCCGGUGGUCAGCCAAGAGACGUGCAUCAGGUCGUACAGCGAAUUCUUCGUGCGAUUCACUUCAAAUUACACUUACUGCGCUGGAUACAGAGAUGGUAAGAUAGGACACUUCAAUGAGCAAACCGGAGUUAGGGAAAGUACUUCAGUCUGCAACGGCGACAGCGGUGGCGGCAUGGUGUUCAGGAUGGGAGACACUUGGUACCUUCGUGGUCUGGUCUCCUUAUCGGUAGCCAGACAAAACGAGUACCGGUGCGACCCAUCGCAUUACGUGAUAUUCACAGAUUUAGCCAAAUUCUUGCCCUGGAUCUACCAGAAUGCUUAUGAUUUUUGAUCUUGUAAUGUUGUUGAAGACUAAUUUUGUUUAUGAAGAGAAAGGACCUAUGCUCUGAUGCGGUUUUGCGCUACUGCCUAAGUAACAAAGUUCUCCUGUAGUGCACGGUUUACAGGCUUACAGGGGCCUUAGUCUGCUAUUACAAUUGUGUCAGAAUAGUCGAUCACUGAGCAGUGCGAGAGGGACGGAGCUAUACAACCUUCAUAGCUCUCGCACUGCUCAGUGAUCGACCAUUCUGACACAAUUGUAAUAGCAGACUAAGGCCCCAGUACUAGUACCUAACUGUCUCUUAGUGGUUUUUCUCUCGCCAAGUCUGCUAUGAGAGUUGUAUUAGCAAAAGUACGCAUAUAAAAUGGGCCCUUUCUCGUGGUUAUAAAUGUUUACUAGCCUGUUAUAGACCUGACCCCGGAACCACUACAAGAUCAUAUUUUGUUACUUGGGUGUAUUUUUAGCGCAAGUUUAUAUGUUUGCGCAAAUAGUGUACUUAACAUUCUAAAUGACAUUCAUGAAAUAAAUUAAUUAUUAAGUCGUGUUUAAAUUACACUGUAACCUAUUAUAUUAUAUCGCCUGAAUAUUUGCUCACUAUCAACGUCAAUUUAUCAGCAUCAUUAAUUGUUCCUGGGAUAACCUAAACAAAGUUAGUCUUUGUAAAUAAAGCGUAGCCAUUUUGAAACGGCAGCCAUUUUCUUUUAGUAUUAGGUUAUUAUUGUAUUUCUUUUUGAAUUUAUUAAUGGCAGACGAAUUUAUAGGUAAUACGUAAGAAGAAAUGUUAGGAAUAAUUUAUAGAUUUAAAGAAUAUGGCAAGAAUAGCUUAAGUUUGGGCAAGUAAAACUAGGAGUUUAAAAGGACGUAAAACAUAAAAUAUAAUGUAAAUGUUGUUACGACUUUUUGAUCUCAAUUUAUCGAUGUUGUCACAGUAAAAAAUACAUGUCUUUAACUUUUUUGAAAAGUUAUCACCCAAAUAUUUGAACGCCUCUCUUAUAUUUUUGUUCGUCUUUCUAUAUCUUUGAAACGUUGCAAAAAGAGAUAAAAAAGACCAAUUCAAUAGUAGUUUUCAAGUAUUUUUGGGUGCUAAUUAUAAACAUUCUCGCAAUAAGAAUAGCAGUGACCGUUAGGUACAUUCAAUUAUGGCAUUAAUAUUCAAGACAUUAAAGAACAAUUUACUGAAAUUAUUGACAUGUCUCUCUUUACUCUUUAGUUAUUAAAGUUAAUAUGCGCUAGUGAGAGCGAUAAUGACAAUACAAUUAAUUGUUUAGUGAUCAAAUCUGUUCGUAGUAGUCAUAUUUAAGGCAUAGUUUGACAUACGAAAUGCAACCUUAUUGUAUCAUUAUGAAGGUCGAUUUUAAAUCGUUACAACUAACAACUGUUGUUUCAACCGUGUGUGUAUUUUACUGAAUGUUUAUUAAAUACCUAUUUGUCUCUAUAUUUAAAUUAGAAUUAAUGAAAUUUCCAACAACGUGCAUAAUACUGUAGUUUCGAUAUUAAAAUAUUGUAUUUAUUUAGACUGAUAAUAAUAAUUAUGAACAAUCAAUACAUUCCAA